AUGCAUUUUUCCCGUGACACAAAAUGCAUGCUUGUCACCCAACAUUUCGCCUCGCCAACAAACAGUCGACUAAUUGGUUUGACCCCCAAUGGCAAACUGCCAGCCAACGUCGCUGCCAACGACUCCCUCUGCCGCCUUGAACCGUCUAACGGGCCCAUUCCGGGGUGGUCAGGAGCUUGGGACAUCGUUAGGCCGGCUUUGAGGUCGCUCAGUUCCUCUCCCUCUAUUGGCUUUUUUGUAACCGUUUUCCCCAUUGAGACGGUCCUCAGCCGCGCGUCCGCCACCGGGCAAAAGAACAAACCUUCUGCAGGGCUUUGCGCGUCUGGAAAUGGACCUAUGCGGUGCCUUAUUUGCCGGAAGGUCAUCCGCCAAGUUCAUGUGGUUGCAUCAAAGGAAGAGCUUGGACAUCCAGGGGAAACGGUCGACGGUGAAGCUGUUGCAACGGACUAA